AAUGCUAGUAUUCUAUGUUCAGAUCUCUUUUAGUCAAUUAGCUGCAGAAUUGAGCUUUAUCUGGUUUUCAAAAAACACUUUUAAAACUUUUAUGGUAUUUUGCGAUCUCAGUCAGUAGUAAUCAUCAGUAAGCAGAGCCUCCUUUCUAUAUCUAUUCCAGUUAAUGUUGCUGUCAUUAAAGCAAAAAAGGGACAUACAAAAAAACACGUACCAGUGGUGUCAAACUAUAUAUGUGUUUCAGUAAAUUUAAAGCACAUAUUUAGAUGCACUCACAUGAGAAGACAUUCGUGUGGUGUGUAUGUUGUUAUUGUUCUGAUUAUUAAAAUUCUCCCUUAUUUGCAUGCAUAUUACUGUAAAACACAUAUUAAUUCCUUAUUUUACAUGACCAUAUUUUAGAUCAUUUAACCCUACCCCAUACCUAAAAAUAGCUAUUGAUAUGAAUCAAGUUUAUUGAGGCAAAAGUCAGAGAUAAUAGUUUCGUUAAUCAUGAGAACUGUUCACCAAACUAAAGAGUUGCCAAGCUGAAGUAAUAGUAGGCCGAGCUAUGUCUUUUUAAAUGUAAAAGGGCUUUACGGUUCAUUAGGCCAUUGAUAACCUUGUGCAGAAGGUCCUGACACUAUAAGGUGUUUGACAUAUGGAGAAUUUCUGCUGAUAUUUCUGUACACAUGAUAACAGUAGUUUCAGGAGUUCAAACCCUGAAAGGGAGGAUGAUGAUGCCAUUAUAUUUUUUUGUAAUUAUAGCCUACAUUAUUUUAAUAAGGGGCAGUCUGUGCAAACUCGUGAUAUGUAAACAAAAAUAAACAGUAAUUAUAAAACUUUGUUACUAGUACUUAACUAAUUACAUUCUUACUUGAUUAUUAUAAAAUAAAAAUUAUUCUACUACAUUUCUGAAUUUUAUAUUAAAAUAUGUCAUCAAGGGUGCAUUUUCUGUACAUUAUAGGGCAUUUAUGUAAGCUAUUCUAGCUUCGCUAACGUACUGAACAAAAUAUUUCACGGCAGAAUAUGAGCUGGGGAUUGAUCUGCGGACGAGAGUGUGACGUCACAGCAGCUCCCUGGAGAUCGCCGGGGGAGUGAGUGAGUGAGUGAGUGAGAGAGUGCGCAGGAUGCUGAGCUGAACAGCUGAUUCUGUGCAUUUAACCAGUAUGGACAGCUCCAUUCCGCUAACCUAGCAUACAUUGCAGUAUAUAAAGGGCACCAUUUUCACUAAACGCUGCAAAGGAAAACGCACCAGCUUCACAAUGGAGCGUCUUCUGCAUUCACCUGGCCGGACACGGGAAGAGUACCGGUACCAAACAGCGCGUCCUUCAUCACAGCUCACCUCAAGGUCUGCCUUCAGCAGAGGUAACGAAAUCCUUAGCGAAUUCGCCGCUAAACCAGCCGAUAGCUUAGAUUUUUCAAACAAAUAUGCAGGUGGAAUGAAUCUGAGGAAAAUUAGUGAGAAAGAAUUACUGCAGGGGCUCAAUGACCGCUUCGCGGGAUUCAUCGAGAAGGUCCAUCACCUGGAAAACCAAAACAGAGCGCUAGAGAAAGAAAUCGAGGCCAUUAGACAGAGAGCUAAAUCCUCUUCUUCUCUUUCCAAAGAGUAUGAAUCAGAACUUGGUAGUCUGAGGCAGCAAGUUCAUGAGAUAGGCCUUCAAAAGCAUCAGAUUGAGAUAAACCGCCAGAACCUGGAGGAUGAGUUUAACACUUUGAGAGAAAAGUACGAGAGAGAGGCUUGUGAUCGAGCUGAUGCGGAGGACAGCAUUUCGGUACUAAAGAAAUGCAUUAAUGACGCAAACCUAACCAAACAAGAAAUGGACAGAAAAGCUGAAGCUCUCGAAGAGGAGAUCGGCUUCUUGAAGAAGAACCACGAAAGCGAGGUAGCCGAAAUGAUGGCCCAAAUCCAAGAGGGUCAUGUGACAGUAGAAAUGAGUGAUUUUAGUAGAAGUGAUGUCACUGCAGCUCUGAGAGACAUCAGGAUGCAACUCGAAGGUCACACGGACCCUGACAUCCAAUAUGCUGAGGAACGCUUUCGAGCACAGCUUGCUAAACUGACCAAAGCUGCUGAGGUCAACAGAGAAGCCCUCAUGGCCACUAAAGCAGAGAUUAAUGAACACCGGAGACAGCUCCAGUCCAGGAACAUUGAGCUCGACUCUGUGAAAGGUGUGAGAGAAGCGCUGGAGAGGCAGCUGUAUGACCUCGAGCAACGACACAAUGCUGAAAUCCAUCACUACCAGGACACAAUCAGAGAGUUGGAAUUGGAGCUGAAAAAUGCUAAAUAUGACAUGAGCAGUCAUCUGAGGGAGUACCAGGACCUUCUCAAUGUCAAAAUGGCACUGGAUGCUGAAAUCUAUUCCUACAGAAAACUUUUGGAGGGUGAAGAGUCAAGGUACUCUACAAUCUCAGAUGCUCAUAUUUCAGUACCAUACAUUUACAGACAGUCACCCAUCUAUACUCUCCCGUGUGUCAAAAGACAGGGUGGAGCAACUCGAAAAGCAGAGCCUCAGUACAAAUUCGUCGAAGAGAUCAUUACAGAGACCACCAGAGAAGAUGUGGAGAUAUCCGACUCUGGCUCUGAUGGAAAAGAGGGUGACAGACCAGAGGAGGAGAGCAGUGAGAAGGAUGCACAGGGUGAAACUCCACAAGAGACUGAAGAACCAGCCAGUCCUGAAUUAGAAACAGAGGAAAAUGAAGUCAAACCAGGUGAUGAUAAAGAGCAUGAGCCAGCUGAAAAAACUCCAGAUGAUUCUGAGGUACAUAAAGAUGCCGACUCUGAACCAACUCAGCAAUCUACAGAAGAAGCUACUGAUGAACAAGAUAAAGAUGAGGAAUUAGACUCAAAAGACACGGAACACAAAGACCUGAAGGAUGACAUGCAGGACAAAGUAGAAGAACCUGGAGAGGAAAAUAAACAAGCUAAAGAGACAGAGAAAGAUGUCCCCAAACCAGAUCUGUCAGAAAAGCAAGAAAUGCCAGAGGGAUCAAAAACUGGAGAAAAAGAAAAACCAUCUCAGGAACUGCAAGAUCCUGAAGCAACACCUGAAGAAAACACUAAGCCUGGUGGACAGACUACUGAGAUAACUUCUCCAAAAACUGAAGAUGCUGAAGUCUCAUCUCAAGAAUCUACAACUGCAAAAUCAGCAGAGAAAGAGAAAGAAUCAGCUCCAGUGAAACCUGUAGAGGAAGAUACUCCCAAACCAGAUAAACAAGCAUCUCCAGAACAUGCUGAGAGAGGAAAACAGACUACAGGAGAGGAUGCAAAGGAGGACGCUUCUGCAAAAAAAGACAAAUCUGAUAGUAUGAAGGAAGAAACUAAGAAAUCUGAGCAUAUGGAAAAAGAGCAAGAGGAUAACAAACUAACAGAGAAACCUGUGGGGGAAAAGCAAGAGGAUGUGUCAGGUAAAGACGAAAAGGAACAGAAACCUGAGGAGUCUGUAAAAGAUAGCAAAGCUGAACUGGCAGACAAUGUGAAAACAGGAAAAGGUGAAAAUAGUAAGGCUAAAGAACCAGAAAAGACACAAAAAGACAUUUCAAAGGAUGCCGAAGAACAAUCACAACCGGAAAUGUCAAAGAAACAGGAGGACAGCAAAAGCAGUAGUGAUCUAGAACGUGUGACAAUUGAAAAGGGUGAAGCUGGCAAUCUGAAAGAAACCGAAAAGACACAAGAAGACCUUUCCAAAGUUGCUGAAGAAAAACCACAACCUCAAAAGCCACAAAUACAAGAGGACAGCAAUAGUGCAGACAGCAUCAAAACAGAAGAGACUGAACAUGCUAAGCCUAAAGAAGCAGAAAAGACACAAGGACUUUCCAAAGAAGAAAAAUCACAACCCCAAAAGCCACAAAAACAGGAGGACAGCAAAAGUGCAGACAGCAUCAAAACAGAAGAGACUGAACAUGCUAAGCCUAAAGAAGCAGAAAAGACACAAGAAGUUUCAAAAGAAGAAAAAUCACAACCCCAAAAGCCACAAAAACAAGAGGACAGCAAAAGUGCAGACAGCAUCAAAACAAACGAGACUGAACAUGCUAAGCCUAAAGAAGCGGAAAAGACACAAGAACUUUCCAAAGAAGAAAAAUCACAACCCCAAAAGCCACAAAAACAAGAGGACAGCAAAAGUGCAGACAGCAUCAAAACAGAAGAGACUGAACAUGCUAAGCCUAAAGAAGCAGAAAAGACACAAGAAGUUUCAAAAGAAGAAAAAUCACAACCCCAAAAGUCACAAAAACAAGAGGACAGCAAAAGUGCAGACAGCAUCAAAACAGAAGAGACUGAACAUGCUAAGCCUAAAGAAGCAGAAAAGACACAAGAAGUUUCAAAAGAAGAAAAAUCACAACCCCAAAAGCCACAAAAACAAGAGGACAGCAAAAGUGCAGACAGCAUCAAAACAAACGAGACUGAACAUGCUAAGCCUAAAGAAGCGGAAAAGACACAAGAACUUUCCAAAGAAGAAAAAUCACAACCCCCAAAGUCACAGAUACAAGAAGACCACAAAAGUGACAGCGUAAACAGUGUCAAAACAGAAAAUGUUGAACGUGCUAAGACUAAAGAAACAGAAAAGACACAAGAGGACCUUUCAAAAGUUGGGAAAGAAAAAUCACAACAUGAAAAGUCACAGAAAACGGACGACCAAAAAAGUGACAGUGUAGACAGUGUUAAAACAGAAAAGGUUGAACAUGCUAAGACUAAAGAAGCAGCAAUGACACAAGAAGAACCUUUCAAAGUUGCAGAAGAAAAAUCACAACCUGAAAAGUCUCAGAUACAGGAAGCCCGCAAAAGUGACAGUGUAGACGGCAUCAAAACAGAAAAGGUUGAACAUGCAAAGCCUAAAGAAACUGAAAAGACACAGGAGGACCGCUCCAAAGUUGAGGAGGUAAAAUCAUCUGAGAAGUCAAAGAAACAGGAGGACAGCAAAAGCGAUAGCAGAGCUGAAAGUGUGACAACAAGCGGAGGGGAAGCUGAAGUCACAGAGAAACAGGUUGAUGAAACCUCGAGUAAUCAACCCCCAAAAGCCCAGGAAACAACAUCUGAUGCAAAGCAUGAGCAAAAGGAUACUAAAGAAAGCAAAGAGAUGCCAGAAAAAGCUGAAGAGGUGGAGAGUGUGGUGACCAAAGGCAGUGAAACCAGCAAAGAUGUUAAAAGUCAAGAAACUGUCCAAAAAGACAAAGAAUCAGACAGUGGUGCACAUGAAGUGACGGCUGCAAAAUCUGAGACGUCAACCAAAACAGAAGCUAAAGCUCUGGAGAAGACAGAGCAGGUCAAGGACAGCAGCAUGGAGGACAACAUGGACACCAAAGGUCCAGAAGAAACAACUAAACCCUCUAGUGUAAAGUAGAAUAUAAACAGCAGAAAAUAUUGAUUAAAAUGUCUUUGAGAAUAGAGAAUGUUCAAAUAGCAGCCUUGACAAAUAAAUUACAUCCGCGUGAUCUCAGUUCAGCAUGACUUUUAGAAACUGCUUUUUGGAAGUGUAAUAUUCUGAUGCAAGAUGCAUGCUUACUUACACGGUGUACAUAAUGAAUGUGAAUUAUGAGGAAUGUAUACAAUUUUAUUUUGCUACAUCCCUUGCUCUGAUCAGCCAAAUGUAUGUAUUAAAAGUGCUAUACAUUACAGUAACUGAAUAAAUA